GGGCGUCCGCGCUCUACAAAUUUCCAGCGCCAGCGUGGAUUGUGGCGGUUGCGUUUAGCGCCUGAAACUUCACUAGCGAUGCAUGGCUCAAUUAGCCCGAUCGUACAUCAAUAUGCCACAGCCCACCUACAUCUCCGUUUUGCCUCGAUGCUUUCCCCUACCACCUGUUAUCCACUGCCCUUGACAACUCUCUACUGUGAAGCAAGCGAUACGAACUAACUGUUUUGCAUCUAACUUAUCGAGUCCUCCGUCAUGGACUCGGACACCUUGGCUGCAUUCUCGCGGUCGGUUUACACUCUCCCCGCUAUUUAUCUUCUUGCUUCCGCGCCAUGGAGCAUCUACGAGGAGACUCACAAAGCUCGAGUAACCCGGGGCGUUGACUCAUUGCUUCGAAUGAAGAUGAUAACUGCCGCUGCACAUUGCAUCAUUGAAGUGCUGACGCAUGCCUCAAGACUUGGCGCGCCACCACUACUUCAAAUGACAGCCCUGACUAUGGAAUCACUCGAUAUUUGGGCAGCAAUAUGCCUCAGCUUGCUCUUUGUGACUUGUCACAAAACUCAGACGUCUCCUUCUGCUGGAAUCAGCCUCUAUCUCGCCGCGGACAUCAUAUUGAAGGGUCUAUUCUGCUGGACAACGAAUGAUGCUGCGAUGCCUGGCUUGUUCAAGGCACUUGUGUCUUUUGGAUUGAUGCUAAAACUUUCACUGCUCAUCUUACAUGAGACCUCCAAGUGGGACUUCAUACCAGCAAAGAUCCAACAGACAAUGCACAGAGGCGAAACUGUUGGAUUUUGGACCGACGCUCUCGGUCUUUGGGUCUUCGACGUUCUCUUGAACGCGGAUCGCAGAGCCCUACUUCAAGAGGACUUGUGGCUCAUGCCGUCAAAGACAUCUAGCCGGGCUUUGAAUCAUAUAUUCCGUCUUUUUUGGAAGGAAGGUGCACAAGAACGUUCUCUUUUUAACAGCUGUAUUGCAGCUUGUCAGUGGUCUUUUUUGCAGACUACUUGCAUCAAUCUCAUGAUCUCUGGUAUCAAGUUCACCUUUCCCUUCAUCGUGGAAUCGUUCAUAGAGCAUCUUGAUCGUUCCCAGCAGGAGGACUCGAUUUCUAGACUUGAUUCUCAAACGAUAGUAUUCAGUCUCCAAACCGCCAUGCUCCUUCUUGCGCUUACUAUUGCCAAGUCCUAUUCGACAUCUAUUAAUAAUAGCGCGGAGAUUAUGACCCGCGGAAUGGUCACAUCUGCCAUAUUCGAAAAGACUUUUGCCUUGUCCGAUCAUGACCUUACCGAGAAUGUCGACUCGUCACUACUUAUCGACAGUGUUAAACAAGUGCAGCAAAGUUACGCACUCUUACAGGAAGGCAUAUCAAGUUGUAUUGAUAGCUUCCUCUGUCUAUAUCUUCUCUGCGACUACUUUGGAUACAAAACAGUUUUAUCAGUAUUGUCCAUCUCAGUUGCGAUUGUUAUCUGCAACUAUCUCGGUGGUCUUCUGGCUCAAUCUCACCAAAAAUGGGCUGUAGAUGCGCAAACCCGCGCGUCUGAGACAAUUCGCUCUAUUCGAAUUCUCAAGUCUAUCAAAAUGGCGAAUAGGAUUGGUGUAAUCUCUUUCAAUAUCACCAGUCUUUUUAAAGCUGAGAUCAGAAGUCGCACAAUUCAUCAUUAUCUCGCUGCGGUUUAUUUUGGACUCCUUAUUUCAACCCACAGUGUCCUUCCAGUCAUUGCGAUAAAUAGUACGAUUCUACAAUCGACUCAAGCAAAGUUCAUCGCAAUCAGAUGCUUCACGCUACUAUAUUGGUUUACAGAUGAUAUUAGAAUUCUACUACAAUUCCCAAGAGACUGGUCGGCAACAUCAGCAGCAUUCACUCGUAUCCAAAAGUUUCUUAAUCUUUCGACCAAUGAGGAAAGCAAACGACGAUUCAUUAGAGCAGGACAUACAAAUACCAGCGAUAGCGACCCAGCACAGCAGGUUCUACCACCAGUCCAGGUAUGCAACGCUACGAUUACCCCGUCAUCAGGUUCUCUCCCCGUCAUCAGAGGUGCAAAUAUGUCGCUUCCGUAUGGAUCACUUGCCAUUAUUGCUGGAGAUGUGGGUUCAGGAAAGACGACUUUACUGCGCAGUAUCUCUGGUCGUGCUCCUGUGGUGUCAGGGAGCAUUACCAUUAGUGGUGAUAUAUUCGGAUACUGCGGGCAAGAUCUUUGGCUUCAGAACAAAUCAAUCCGUGAAAACAUCAUUGGGCCUUCCGAGUUCCGACGCCCGCGGUUCAAUGUCGUUCUUCAGGCAUGCAUGAUUGAAGAUGAAGCCCGAAGGCUAGGUGAAGGAUAUAUUAUUGGCCCGCAUGGUGCAAAUCUGAAUCGAAGUCAGCGUCAAAGGCUGGCCCUUGCUCGAGCUGUCUAUUCGAAAGCUCCAGUCUUACUUCUGGACGAUGUCUUAAGCUCCCAAAGUCCGCAUAUGGCCAGCAGUCUUAUUGCAAACUUGUUCUCGCGCACUGGUGUGCUACGACGAGGCACCACUGUGAUUAUGACUACGUUGAAACCAGACCUCUUUUACGAGAUCUGCGACCAAUUUUUCAAAAUCGAGGCUAAUGGUCGAGUGUCCCACAUCAAUGUUGCCAACUUGCCAACACCAGCAGUCCCGCAACCAAGUACCACCAAUUCCGAUAACGCUGAACAAAUAGAAGAGCCCGUCGUUGCUGAGGCGGUCACGAAGCUACAAGAAUUCUCGAAGGACAUUGCAUCUGGCCUACGCCCACGGCCACUACUAACAAACAACCUUGAAACAGGUACAUACUCGGUCUUUUGCCAAUAUCUACGAUCUAGCACUGCCAUGGUGUGCAUAGCAUUGUUGGUAUGCACUGUCAUCCUGGAAGGCUUUCCACAUAUUUUUCUCCGCAUUUGGGCUAGUACCACGACCUCGAAGCCAUUCCCGGAUGCACUUGUGUAUUCAGCGACCGCAUUGAGUGGUCCCUUUUUCGCUUUUUCCGCCAUCUCUUUUCAAUGCCUUUUGCACUCGGGAUUAUCCACCAUUCAUGAGCAGAUGCUACAAGCUACUCUCAAAUCAACAAUAAGUGCACUGACGCCUAAGAAAGCCGAUCUAGCCAUAAAUUUCUUUUCGGAGGGGUUGCGAAUUAUUUCACACGACCUACCAGUUUCCGCAUUUCGAUUGCUAUACAUAACCGCCUCUAUUGUGGUCUUUUUCUCAGUCUUGAUGUCGGCUAACAUCUGGACCUUGACUCUUGUGCCGUGCGUGAUCUGGGCGUUCUCCUCAGUUCGAUCCCUUUACCGCAUGUCCUCGCUUCAACUGCAUUACAUGGAGUUAACUUCGUCUGAAAACGUUUAUACGGAGUUUGACGAAAUCGUGUCGGGCUUGGCUUAUCUUGAGAGCUUCGACUGGAUAGAAAUCCGUUCCACCCAGGUGCAUGGCAUUUUGGAAGAUUCUCAACAAGUCUUCUGUCAUCACUUGGCCUUGAAGAGAUGGCUCUCCAUGGUGUCUGACCUGUUUGUGGCGGUUUUCACUGGAGCUUACAUUGUCCUGGUCUCCUCCAAGAGCACUAGUCCUUUCGUUGCUGGUAUUGGCUUGUCUCUUUGCCUAUACAUAAAGCUUGCCAUCGGCUAUCUUAUUGAGAAUCUGACAACUAUAGACAAGUCCGCCACGGUUGUACAACAAAUGCAAGAGUUCAUGCGGGAUAUUCCACAAGAACUAGAGCGGGCUUUGGCGAGGAUUGAAGGAGAGUGGCCAUCGCGCUGUAUGAUUGAAUUUGAGAAUGUCUCUAUUGGAUACAACCUCCCCAACAGUCCGCCGCUAAUAUCGGGUAUUAACCUCCGCAUUUUUGGACGAGAAGCUGCGCUGUGCGGCACGUUCAACAGUGGAAAAACCACCUUUCUCCUCUCCAUGGUUGCCUGGCUUCCAUACACAGGUUCCAUCAAGAUUGAUGGCAUUGAGGCUCGGACAAUCCCCCGAGAGCAAUUCAACUCGGUCUUCACUGUCAUACCACAGGAUCCUAUUCUCUUCCAUAAUGCAACCAUCAGGAAGAACCUGCUUCCAGAUGAGAUUAUGGAAGCGCAGGACCAACAAGGAUGUGAGGUAGUCCUAGAGCGUAUCCUUGCUGGAGUUGGACUGUCUGCUAUUGUCGAGCGAAAUGGUGGUAUACUUUCGCAGUUUUCGACUCUCAACCUGUCUUACGAGCAAAACCAGCGAUUUUCUCUUGCUCAAGGUCUUGUGCAAUACUUCUUCAACCCGACGAAGAUGGCGUUGAUUGACGGCGUCACUGACAAUGUCAGCAAUGAAAGCUUGGAUCGAAUGACAUCCAUGAUGAGAGAGAUGUUCCAAUUCGGAGAAUGCAGCAUUAUCAGCACUACUAACCGACCCCCUUCGCACAUCACAGCGCCUUGGUUGGCUGAAAUCACUCGGCCUGCCCCAACGGGGAUGACUUUGGCUAAUUGAGUACACAUGUCGUGGGGCGGGUUCACGUCACUACCUUUGGUGAUUUACAUAGACACAUUUCGUUAUUGUUUCCUUUUGCUGGAGUCGGCGCCCAUAUCUUUUUCUCAUUUAUAUUGUCCUAUUUUAAAAUAGUAAUUAUUUGAAAAGUGCUGCUCUCAUUCUCUCAUCAUAAACGCCUCUGUACCCCCAAGUAUUUGAUGAUAAGCACAAUUACUGAUAAAUCGCACCAACGUAAGUAAUUGCAACCCAACAAACCUCAAACAAUUUCUCUCAGUGCGUCCAAUACAGGUAAUUUCUAGACCAUUUAUAUUAUAAUAAAUC